UAUCAGUGGAAACUUUACGGCUCAAAUGUUAUGUCCAACAUAAACCGUUUAUCUAUAGACGCGAAAAAUUUAUCUAGUGCUUGUUGAAUAUCGGCUUCAUUUUUGAAUGUUCUACCUUACAGAAAACCUCAUAACAACAAGAAAAGAACAGCUAUCAAAACGCACACCAGUUCAGUUUAUCGGGAAGGCAGAAAAUGCUAGCUAGAAUUUUGUUGGUUGCAGCGGCACUGACGGUGCUGCAUGCAGAGGUAGUGCGUGUGAGGAGUUCAGGAAGGGAUGUUUUGAUUCAAACUGAUGAGAAGAAGAAAGAUUGGUGGCAAACUGCGACAUUCUAUCAGAUCUACCCCAAAUCAUUCAAAGACAGCGACGGGGAUGGUAUUGGAGACUUGCAAGGGAUACGCCAGAAGCUUGACUAUAUCCAGAGCCUGGGUGUUAGCGCUAUUUGGCUGUCGCCUAUCUACAAGUCACCUUUAAAAGAUGGAGGGUAUGACAUCAGCGAUUUCAGGGAUGUUCAUCCUCAGUUUGGAACUUUGGCAGAUUUUAAGGAGCUGUUGGAGGACGCUCAUCAGAGAGGUAUCAAGGUUAUACUGGACUUCGUACCGAACCAUACAAGUGACCAACAUGUUUGGUUUCAAUUAUCAGCAAACAGAGUCGCAGGAUAUGAAGACUAUUACAUCUGGGCAGAUCCAAAAGGGAGUGGUGCAGUACAGGUCGUACCUAACAAUUGGCUCAGUGUAUUCAAAGGUUCUGCAUGGACGUUUCAUCCAGUUAGGCAGCAAUUCUAUUACCACCAAUUCUUGAAAGAGCAGCCAGAUCUGAAUUUCAGAAACGAUAGGGUGAGACAAGAAAUGAAAGAUGUGCUUACCUAUUGGCUAGACGCGAUGGAUGUAGAUGGUGUGAGAAUAGAUGCUGUUCCACACUUGAUAGAAGAUAAUGAUCUGAGUGAUGAACCUAAAUCUGCCAACGCUGCAAACUAUAAGCCUACUGACUUUGAAUACUUAGAACAUACUCGCACUGUGAACCAGAAUGGAUCUUUUGAACUUGUGUAUGAGUGGAGAUCACAUUUAGAUGAAAUUUCCAAGAAAAAAAUAGUACCAGGUAGGGUAAUGAUGACAGAGGCAGCUACUGAUAUUGACCAGGUUAUUCGAUAUUAUGGUGAAAACGACACGAAUGGAGCACAUUUUUCGUUUAACUUUUGGUUGGAGGAUCUAACCGACAAAAAUAUCAAUGCAGAUAAGCUAGAAGGUAUAAUUUCCAUAUGGAUGCAAAAAUUGUCGGAGCAUGGUUACACACCGAACUGGGUGUUAGGUAAUCAUGAUAACCACAGGAUAGCAACAAAAGUUGGAGUAAACAUAGCAGAUGGUCUUAACAUGCUCACAGGUUUCUUGCCAGGUGUACAAGUGACGUAUGCUGGAGAAGAAAUAGGAAUGGAAGAUGGAGAAGUUGACUGCGAGCAUGGCGAUGACUUUCACGAAGAUUGCAGUAUGUAUAAACGUAUGUCCAGGGACUUCGAGAGGACUCCUUUCCAGUGGGAUGACUCCACGACGGCCGGGUUUUCAACAAACAACGAAACAUGGUUACCCGUCAGUCCUAAAAAGGACAAGUGCAAUGUGAAAGCGCAACAAGAUAGCGAACGUAGCCACCUCAAGACUUAUAUGAACAUAGAGAAACUCAGGAAGCAGUUUGGAAAACUCUCUGAUGAUGUCUACACCUUCAAAAUUGGAGAUGAUAAUGCUGUGCUAGAUUUGGUUAGGUACGUUGAGAACGAUGUAAAGAAUGUAGGCCUGUGUGCCUAUCACUUCCUUUUCAACUUGAAAAAUGGGUACAACAGCUUCGAUUUCACCGACAGUGUUAAGGAGAAGAGAUAUGUAGUUCUGGCGACAAGCAGUAAUGGCACACACGCUGUUGGUGACAUAAUCGAAGAUUCUCACCUAGGACUAGAUCCAUUUGAAGCUGUGAUCCUGAAGACUAACAAGGCAACUGCUCUGGUCGGAGGAAUUCUAAUGCCUUUAGCAGUGAUGGUUCAUUUUUAUAGACUCGUUCAAGCAUUUUGAUUAUUGAUACUAAAAUAUUCAGAUAACUACACCGGGGUAGGGCUUAAUGUCUGUAUCGCAUUGAUAUAAAUAGACACUAAUAUAAACACUUCCAUUAGAUUAUAGUAUGUUACAAAUUGUAGGCGAUGGUCAAGAAAAUAAAUUGAUGGCACUGGACUUUUUGAGAUUACCUGUAUUUUUGUUCCAUACAGAUGUAACAUAAUCAU